AUGCUGAAAAAUUUAUAUUUAAUGGGCUACCGCGUAAGUAGUUCGAAAUGCCUUACUAUUUGCUUAGGUCUAACGUUUUUGAUGGGAUGUUUCAUCGCUACUCUACCAAUCCCUCCUCCAGAGUCACAGAACCUCCGCAUUUCUGCGAAAACACUUGAUAAGAAGAAGCUGGCUAUAAUAGUUCCUUUUAGAGAUAGAUUUGAAGAAUUACUAGAAUUUGUACCACACAUGUACAAGUUCUUAAAGAAACAAAAUAUACUCUUUGAUAUUUUUGUUAUACAGCAAAAAGACAGCAAUCGUUUCAAUAGAGCCUCACUAAUAAAUGUUGGUUAUAUUUUCACAAACAAAAAUUAUGAUUAUAUAGCAAUGCAUGAUGUUGAUUUACUGCCAAUUAAUGAUAAUUUAAAGUAUGAUUACCCAGGAUUGGGACCUUUACAUAUUUCAUCCCCUGAAACACAUCCAAAAUAUCAUUAUGCUACUUUCAUUGGUGGAAUACUGUUAGUAUCACGGGAUCAUUUUGAGCUAGUUAAGGGAAUGUCUAAUAAUUACUGGGGAUGGGGCCUGGAAGAUGAUGAAUUUUAUGUGAGAUUAAAAGAUGCCGGUUUGAAAGUUUUCCGACCAAAGAACAUCACCACGGGAACUGAGAACACAUUUAAGCAUAUCCAUGACAAAACAUACCGAAAACGUGAUAUGAGAAAAUGCUUCAAUCAACGUGAGGUGACAAGACAUCGAGAUAGGGUCACGGGUGUUCAUGACGUUGCUUAUACUAUUCACAGCACCCAUAGUGUAGCAAUAGAUGACCUUCCUAUUACUGUUGUUAAUGUGGAGCUAUUAUGCAAUAAGUCAGUUACACCAUGGUGUAAAUGCCCUGAACCAGCAAAGGUUAAGAAUACUAAGCAAAAGUGA